AGAUGUAGAAGCCCUUCUCUUCUCCCAUGCAGCCCGCGUCCUCCCCGGCCUCUCCACGGUAUUGAAUCACUGCGUGGUACCUGGAGAUAGAGGGGUGCUCCAGGGACAGAUCGCACACAGUCUUAACUGCAGUCUAUAUUCUCCUUGUGUCGUCAUGAUGCGUUACUGGGGUGAGAUCCCGGGGCCUGCGGGGGCUCCUCCUAGUCGCAGUUCCUUUGACUUGCUCCAGCGUGAGUUUCGCUCCGUGGAGAUGCAGGACCCUCCCUUGCACCAGCCCUCUGCACAGCGGCCACGGCCCACCACCAUGCUUGAUAUCCCCUCUGAGCCGUGCAGCCUCACCAUCCACACAGUGCAGCUGUGCCAGCACGUCCGCCGUCUCCGAGGUCUUCUGGCAGCAGCCCAAGCCCAAUCUCAGGGUCAGAGCUCAGCAGCCUCUGAGGGUGGCAGCAAGCUGGACGAGGCUGAUACCAACCUGCCGUUAUGCCCUCCCACCCCACCUGUUAUGCCAGAUGACCUGCUACCUGUGGAUAGCAAAGCCCCCCGACAGCCCUUUCAGCUCCGCCACAGUGACCCUGAAAGUGACUUUUAUAAAGGUAAAGGCGAACAGGUCACAGAACUGAGUUGGCCCUCCUGUAGGCAGCUGCUGUAUCAGUCCGUCGCCACCGUCCUGGCCCAUGCUGGCUUCGAAUCUGCUCAGGAGAGCGUCCUGGAGACGCUCACGGAUCUGGUCCACGAGCAUUACCUGCGCCUAACCCGCCUGCUGCGGGUGACAGUCGACAGGGAGGCUCGACUGGGAGCCAGUCCCUUCCCAGAUGUGGUGGAGCAGGUAUUCCAUGAGGUGGGAAUUGGCAGCGUCCUGGCCUUGCAACGAUUCUGGCAAGUGAGGAUCAAGGACUAUCACAGCUACAUGCUGCAGCUCAGUAAGGAUCUAUCAGAGGAAUACGAGCGACUGGUAAAUCCAGAGAAAGCUCUUGAGGACUCAAAGUCCCCGAAGAUCAAGGUGGAGGCCAUCAGCGACAUUCCCUUCCCUGUUAGUGAGGAGCCUGAGGCUGACUUGGCCUCCGGGGACCAGGCUUUGCCAAUGGGGGUCCUUGGUGCCAAUGCUGAGAGGCUGGCUUCAGGGCUGGAUGGAGACCAUUCUCCUCAUACCUCAGGUGGAGGUGUGGCAAACAACUCCCCUCUGUGGCCUCAGGUAAAAGUGGAGCCACAGGACGGCGAGGAAGGCCAAGCUUCGGCUCACCAUCAUCAUCACCACCAUCACCACCACCACGGGGUCCUGGGCGGAGAUGUGUUUGAGGACGGUGGGCCCAUGUCCACCAUGAGUGAGUCAGGAGGAGCGAUGGGGCCCUCACCCGGAGGGGUGGGAUCUGAUGGAAGCUAUGCCUCACAUUCGCCCGACUCCAUGAUGGUUGACGAUUUUGACCAGAGACCCAAGAAACGGACAAAGAAGAUGUGAGGCUGUUUUUGCAGAGAAACUGACUCUGAGCCAAAGUGCUGAAACAUAUCAGCGUUAAUCUCACAAGAGUGCUGAACUCAUGGUGGAAGGCGGGGUUUUUGUAGUUCUUUGUUUUUACUAAAUAUAUUAAUGGAGUUAAUCACCAAAAGAAUAAACAUCUUCUGGGGAACCAGCUGCACUAA